AUGGAAAAGCGACCUCAGAUUUAUCUGCGACCCAUCGUAAAUUUCAUCGCAAUCGAGAAUCCGGCUGAUCAAUUCGCGGGCGGCGGGCGCGUGCGCGGGCCCGGGAGUGGCACGGCGGUGCGGCGGCGGGCGGCGGCAGUGCGCGAGUCGCCGCCGCCCGCCGCCGCCGCUAUGGCCGCGUCGCGACACUACGCUUGCUGA